CCCCCCCCUCCUAUUCCUCCUCCCAGUGUUCGACCCUUCUCUUCCUCUCACUCGACUCCUUCUUUUCUUUUUCUUAAUCACCUCUCGUCUCCUUACAUCACAUAUAACCCAUUAUUGCCGUGUAACCAUGCGGCUUCUCACCCUUGGCCUCUGGAUUGUGCUUGUUUUCUCCCCGGUCACUGCCAAAUUCAGCACGACUUGCUUCAAGGCCAUCGUUGCCCUCACCAGUCGUCCGCACGCGCUCCUCGAGCAAUUCCAACAGGAGAUCUGCGACCAAGGCUGUCGACCGACGGUCGCGCAUUGGGACCUCUGGACGCGCAACCAGACCUUCCUGCCCGCUGUCCGCAGCCUCCUGGCCCGGGUGGAUCACCCGGACCAGCAGGAGGAGGCGAUGAUGCGCCUGGGGGACGAGGUGGCCGGGCUCAUCAAGCGGCAAUGCGGCCCGUUGCUGGACGGCGGCCGCGAUGUCUGUGCGGAUGGAGAGACCCUGACCGCGUUCGGCACCUGCUUCAAAAAGAGUUUUGUGCGGGCCGCGCUGGUUCACCUGCCCCGGUUGCUGCCUUUGGCUUCCGAGCCCGUCUGUCAAGCCCAGUACGAGUGGGUACAGAAGAACCAGCUCUGGGAGGAGAUUAUUCCCAACAAGAUGCGCGAGUACGCCGCGGUGUGUGGGCAAUUGGGGGGAGAGAUGAUGGUGAUGGGGGAGAUGUAUAGUUUCUAGUCAUGAACUGUA